AUGGCGGACGAUGCUGUUGAAGAACUUCAGGAAAGUCUAUCAAAAUUUGUAAGUGUUGCUUUUGGUGGAGCGCGCAUUAAAGCUCUAUUAAUACUACCGAAGGCUCAUUAUAUUUUUCCUGCAGUGCACAGAGAAACCAAAUACCCACCUCAUCUUGGUAGCUGCUCAGAAAUGUGCUAGUAGUGGAAAAUGGACCCGGCUUUUGGAAUGCUUGACUCGAUCUGACCAUAAGGUUUGUAAACAUUUAUUCACCAUCGAUAAGAAUUAUUAAACGUCACUAAAUCAAUAUUCUAGAUGUUUUACAAUUUUGUGUCUCUGGUUUGAAGUAUUGCAUAAAUUAUUCUAUGCCCAGUUCAUUUGAUUCUAAUACAUGAAGAUAAAGAAAUUGGGUCGUGCUACAGCUAACAGCUAAACGACAGUGAGAAGGAUAGUCUUUCAUUAGGAUCUCAUUAGAUUUAAACCCACGCCUAAUGAAGUUUAAUUGCCGAGCCACACAUCAGGAUCAUGGUCAAAAUUUUUUUCGUAUAAUCAGUACUUUUAAAGAGCAGAAACUAAGUUUUAUUGUUUAUCAGUACUAAAGUGGGUUUGUUCUUGUGAAAUGAUUAAUGGUUUGAGCUUGGGAGGCACUCUUUGCCAUGUUGUCAAGUCUUUCUGAUAAGGUAGUCUUGAAAUGAGUGCUUUAAGUGAUUGACUGAUUUUGAUAACUUGAGUUGAAUUCUUGACUCUGUUAUCAAGUUGACUUCUGCUUCUGUUGACAAAACAUUUGAUUUAGUGAUUAUUACCGGCAGAGGUCACACCUAUUCAUUGCAGCCCUGAGUUGAUGUUUUUUUUGUGUAUGCACAGGAUGCUCUUGAAUUUGUUGGUUGGGAACUAAUUGGAGUCAUAUCUCAAGCUAUUGCUGAUGACUUUGAAUCAGAUGCCCUUGAAGAAAGAAAGAAAAUCCUUCAAUUAAUCGCUGAGGUAAGCAAAUUAAGUUACUUUUCACAAAGUGGAGACGAGCUGUGCAGUUAUUGGUUUUUCAUUUAGCUUCUGUUUCCACUUAAUGAAACAAAUUGGAAGGUUUAAAACCAUAACAAACAAACAGUUAUGAUUAAUUUGUCUUCAUGUCAUAGCUGAAGACUGAUAAAAAUUAUGUUUCUAACUAUGAUCACCCUUUAUCAGAGUAAUAUUAUAUGCUGUGCACUUAGAUAUCUACAAGUACAAAAAAAAAUGUCUAAUGGUUUUUUUUGCCAUUUUAGGCCUGUUUCAGGAUUCUACUAAAACCAGUUUUGUUGAAGUUUAUUUCUUUUUUUUGUUUUUCAAAGAAAAUACUCUAUUUUUGUCUAUAAUGAAAAAAUGCAAAGUUGACAUUUGAAUCAUAAAAUAUUUAAAUACUUGAAUCAGAGACCUCAUGUGUUUUCAGUUGGUUACAAUUCUUUUUCUAUGAUAAAAGUUUAUUUCAAAUAUUGAAUUAUUGGUGUGAAACUAACAGAGAUGCAGUGCAAAGGAGGUUUGCAUUGGAGUGUUGGAACAACUUGACUCUGGGACAGACUGCCAUUUUAACAAUUUUGUUACUCUGCUGGAUACCCUUAAGACAGGUAAAUAAAAAAUAUAAUGCAAGAUAUGAUUAAGAAGACAGUUAGCUAAAAGAUUUGGGUGAGUAAUCAUGUCUUUUCUUCCUUUAAGAAGGCGUUUUCCUCAGGUUUUUAGUUGCUUCAUUUUUCUUUUAUUUUAAGCAAUACACAGGCUGCAAGAGAAGAAGUCAAAGUAUGUUGGUAUGGCACUUCCAUGUGUGACAAGAUACAUCAAAGGUAUUCAACUCUCAGAUGAAAUAGAGACAGAGAAAGAGUCUGGCAGUGAAUGUCUGAAAAUGCCAUCCAUCAUGAAACAUGUACUGGAUUUUCUCAGACCAUUGGUGCAGGAAGUCAGCUUGCAAUCAUCCUCUGCUGAAAUAGUAAGUAUAUUUACAAAAGCUGUAGAUAAUCCAUUGACUUAAGAUCUACCUGUAGUAUCCUUAAAUGACAGAGUGACAAGAGAGUGAUAAAGUAUUGGAAGGGAGUGGUGAGACUAAUAUAAGACCAUAAAAGAGACAUUCACUAAGCUUAAACAUAAAGACAUGCUAUUGAAACAUUAGCUCCAAAAUAAAAGCUGAUUGGCAUGAGCAGUUUUUUAAGAUGCAACUUUCUUCAAUAACCAGCUCUUGUACAUACAGUUAGGUCUUAAGCCUUCAACUGAGUGAAGAUAAAAAAUAAGCAAGAUAUACAUUUUGCAUAACCAGAUAUGAAAACUGUAUUUCUAUUUAUUUUUAAGUGGAUAUGAAAUAAAAAAAAAAUUAACUUAUUGUUUCUUUAGUCCCCCUCAAGUUCUUGCAUCAGCCAAUUAGGACCAGAGAUUAUCAAAUGGUAGGUUCUUUGGUCAUUUAUUUAAUCAACAAAUAACAAAUAAAAUAACUUUUUGCUUUGAUUGGAAGGUUUUUGAGCCAUUUUAGUGUAAUAUUUAUUUUACUUUGUGUGAAAUAACUUGGUGUAAUUUAUUGACACUUAGUGUAGUUAAAAUCAAUUCAAAACAAAAUUGAUUUAAGUUAGGACAGAUAAGAAACUUAACUAGCUUUAUGAGGGUAACAAUCAGACAAUCAAUCAAUAAUGAGAAGUUAGUCAAUAAUAAGAGAAGGAGAAAUUCUUUGAUAAUUUAUAAAUUUAAGACUUCAAAUAACAGUUUAAAAUGAGGAAUGUGCACAUUACCAAUUGACAAUGAGACAUAUUUUUAUUAUUUAUAUACCACAAAGGUGAAAAGUGAUUAUCGGCUAGUUUAGAAGUGAAUAGCAAGUACUAUUUACCCCUUGAGCAGCCAUGAUAAACCACACAUAAAUAGUUUAAUUUCUGACCAUUUUAUUGAAAGAAAUAAUGAAACUACAGUAAAUGGUUUGAACCUGGGGGUAACUUGUAAUAGUGUAGUUUGAUCAUCCGGGUGAGUGUAGUCCUGAGAAGGAUUGUUGUUGUUUCAACAACCUGAGCAGAAGUCAUCAUCUGAUGAUGACUUCCGCUCAGGUUGUCAAAAUGUCAGUCACCACUACCAACAACAGUCCUUCUCAGGACUACACUCAUCCAGACAAUCAAACUAUACUGUUACAAAUAAUAAAACUAUUUUUUAUGUGUAUCUGUGUGGUGUAUACUUAAACAACUAUUCAUCUUUGUUGUUCAAAGUGGUGGAUAUUUUACACCUUUGUGGCUUGAUAAAUACCCACCACUUUUCACUUCCACUUUAGUAAGCAAUUGUUUAUUAGUUGUACAAAGUGUCAGUUGUAUGAAAAAUGUCAGUAAUCCUAUCCUAUCCUAUUUCCUAUUUGUACAGUUUGAUCCAGCUCUUGGAUUAUCCAUUGGUUUUUGUGGAUUUAGCAAAACAUUCUAAAGAAAAUACAGACCUUGAUGAUGAGGAUGAUGAAUCCAUUUCUGAGGAGAAAUGUUCUUUGACUGUAAUGGAAUACAGAACAAUUGCACUGGAAAUUAUGGUAUGUUUGUAAUUCUAGAUGGAUAUGAACCAAGAGUUGGUAUCAUGUUGUCUGAUUGUCAUGUUGAGUGUAGACUCUUAGAGGACUCAUUUGGUCAGGAUUAGUGACUUACAUCCUGACAACCAUUUUUACAUCACUUGAGUCAAGUCAUGACUCCAAUGAUGACUUUCACUUAGGUUGUUGUAAUUUCAGUCAUUUAUUACCUCCAACAGUCCUUCCCAACAGUACUCUCCUGUAGAUAAUCAGACUACACUGUUAAGAUUACUAAUCAGCAAAUGUAAUCAUGGCUAACUGUUGUUUUCACUAUUCUUUUUUUUAUAUUUAAAUAGAAAUUCAUUCAUAUGGCUAAUGGAUCGUAUCUGUACCUCAUGGAAUACACUUCUAAAACAUACAACAAUGUUCAAGAAAAAUCAAACAAGACUUCAGACAGAGGUGUUUCUGCAGAAGAGGAAUAUGAUGAUGAGGAUGAGCAAGGUAACUGACAUAAUACUAUAAAACUUCCUGUAAAAUACUUUUAGCCAGUCCUUUUAUCAUCAUAAGGCUGAAGUAAAGCCACUUAUUGCAAAAGAGGCCAAUUUAAGAAGGCUCUUCAAAUUUGAAAAGGUACAAUAAAUUUGACAUUAGAUUCUGCUGUUGAACCUUACUUUUGAAAACUUUUCCCUUUUGAUUACACAUUUUUUUAAAUUGCAAUUUAAUUUGCAUCAUCAAUGGGCCCAAUAUGAGUUAAUUGGUUGAAUGUUUAAAUGCUCUUCUGUGGCUCUGUUUUCAAAGACAUUUAAAAAAUACUUUUGAGUCAUUAUUUACAAUGAAUCUAUUAAUGUACUUUAAAUGUUAAGGGCUUUAAUUUGUAUUUAGAAUAAUAGAUAAAGUUUCUAGCUUACUUAAUUUCCUUUUUUAUCUGUUUUCAAGAAAGAAGCUGUUAUCCAGUGUUAGGCCUUGGCUGUUUUGUUUAUUUACUACUUGUGGAAAAGAUGGAAGACAGAAAUAUCCCUGCAGUUUUUAGGUAAGUGACCAAAGGAGAAUUUAUCCUAUACAUUUUCAAGUUGAAAGUUCAUGAGAAGAAAAAAAAAAUUGGAUGACUCUUAGAUUAAACACCAAAUUCUCAGAGUUUAAAUUAUAGGAAAUGUAUAGCAGACAGCUGGGAGAAUUCAUAUCUAGAUCUUGGGAGUGAAAGGUUUAAUACUAAUAAGUUGAAGGGUGGCCUUAGUCACUGAAGUAUUUAUUGACUCUUGGAAAAAAAACCUUUUUUGUAUAUUUUUUUCAUAGCUUUAAAUAUUUACUAAAAGUCAACAUCAAAAGCAUCCUCUUCCUUCUUAGCAGGUCAGUUAUUUUUAGAAGAAAUUGUUUUAUUUCUUUUUAAUUCCAAGCACCAGAAGACUUGUUCUCUUAUAAAUAGUGGGAGACUAAAGGGUACACCCAUGCUCAGGGGUGUGACCAGGGGAGGGGGUAGGAUACUGAUUAUUCCUUAUUUUUCUGUAUUGGAUACGAAAUACUUUGUAAUCAUUAUUGUAAAUAGCUUCAGGCAAUUUUGAUUUAGUUGCACAUACUAUUGGACUAGUGUCUACAUACAGAAUAUAAAAAAAUGGAUGAACAACAAUAUGAUAUAUUCAGGUAUUUUUUAUUGAAAAGUUUCUGUACUAGAGAUUACAAAAGACUUUCAACACCUGAAUACACAAAAGGUUUUGGCUGAACUUGUUAGCUAGCAAAGGGAAAAAAAGUACUACAAUAAAUGUAAAUCUCUUAAACUUUCUCCUUCGCCUUGCAGAACAGAACACGGUGUCAUUUACAAGGGUUUGGUGUGUAUUUUGUGAGUGCUUCACCUAAUAUUUCAAAAAUGUUUUUCCUAAUUUACAUUCAUCUUAUAAUUUAUAUGUGUCGACUAUCUACCGCCUAAUCAAUUUUCAUAAUGUUAGCACUAAUAAACGUUUGUCUCUUUUCAGGGACUGUUGGAGACAUUGUCAAAAAGACUGAAAGAUAAGAGUUUGGUGUACAAUCAGUACGAGUUCAAAGAUUUAAUGGACAUUUUUAAGGUGGACACCACGUUUGAUUUUCAGCUGAUUUUGUCACUGGGUAUCCGGUUAGAUCGAACCAUGGUUAGAUUGCUCCUAGUUAGAUUGCUCCACUCGAAAGUUAGAUCGCUCCAUCAAAUAAGUUACUUCGCUACCAACAUAAGUUACUUCGCUCCAUGUUGUAAAGUGAAGUAUUACUUACCAAUGAUUUUUAAAGUUUAUAGGUGAUGAUGUGUCUUACGACGAUUCGAGUACAUCGUAUCCACUCUGUCCUUCAGAUUAGCCACCGAGCUACCGAUCGUGGAAUAAAUUAUAUAACGUUAUAUUCUGAAGUAUAUUGAAAAGGAUCAUUCAAAUACCGAUACUAUCCACUGUGGCCCUUUUCGCUGUUUGAUGUAAGGAAACUGAUCCGACAUCUUUAAUUAAUAAAGUAGAUUACACCUCGUGAGUCCCUUUCAUGACGCUUUAUUUGUUCUUUCUGCGUAGCUCGGAUUUAUUUCAAGCGCGCGCGAGCGAUAUUAAUCGAUUGUUCGGUAAGAUAUUCACGUCAUGAACUAUCAAUUUAGAUACGUUAGUUUUGCUACGUUUUACCCUUGUUUUCUACAUGGAGCGAAGUAACUUAUGUUGGCAGCAAAGUCACUUUUUGAUGGAGCGAGCUAACUUUCGAGUGGAGCGAUCUAACUUUUGGUUGGAGCGAUCUAACUGGGAGCGAGCUAACCAGGAUGCGAUCUAACCGUAAUUCUGUCACUGACAGUACCUAGUACAGGAAAGUUUUUAAAGUUUUGUUUCGUAUUUUAACGGCAGGCUCUUAUAAAUGUUAUGACGAUGUGUUCAUCAAAGAAAUUGGUAAGUGCACAUGUGUUCAUAGCGAUGUUCUUACCGAUUUCAUGCGAGCUACUGGAAAAGAAGAAAGUUAUGAAAUAAUGAGUAGGGUUCAUAAAGACUGAAUAUGAAUUUUUUUUAUAGAAAAACAAAGAAAUACAUAUUUUAAUCGCAUGGUCGUGUUUACGCCACCUUAAACCAACUUCUCGAACAUGAAAAAAAUCCUGGAAAGUUUUGGAAUUUAGGAAUUCCAAAGAUGACGAUCAGUGUCUUAGUUUUAUUAUCUUGCUUGGUGAAUACCAAUACUCUAAAAGUAUAACGCACAGUGGAUCGUAACGGAAGUGUAUUACUGAAGUUGUAUGCCUCUGGUCUCAACAACCCUCAAAGACAUGUGAAUGCUUAAGAACACACACUCCAAAAGUGCUCAACUUUUCAACGUUGUUGACAUUUGAUUAUUUGAUGCGUUUGUUUUCCUUUGCGCCACAGAGAUUAAGAGCAGUUCAAUUCCUUCCGAAUCUGGUAUCAAAGCUUGACACGAGAAGUCGAUACGGAUUAUUAUAGUAGGUACAUUUUGUGUGCCUCUUGUAGCAACGUAGAAAACUUAACACUGUAUAUAAAUAAGAGAAGAUUAUUACAACUUUUGAGAUGGUAAAUCUGGUCCAAGGAGGCUGGCACAAGACUCUAAUUCCGUCAGGGCUGUAAACAGGGAUCAUGUUUAAGGAAGAAGUAUCUUCCAGAAAUCAUACAAUGUUUAUCUCCUUUGUUAAGGAUUAUGUGUGAAAAUAUGUAACUGACCGCGUCCUGAGAUUUCAACAAGUAAUAUAACCGUUUGAAACUUUUUUUUAUGUAUACAGUCAAACCUGUAUUAAGCGGCACCAUAUUAAUCGUCAAAGUCCCGAAUUUUUUCCGCUCAGUUACUGUAAUUUUUACCUCUGUUAAACGGUCACUUCUAUUCAGUGGUCGUGGUUACCCUUCACCUUGUCCCAGACGGCCUGUCUCUGUUGUCUUCCACCUGUAGUGAACGGUCACUUAAGCAGAACCACUCAAUAAAACUUGAAAUAAUAUUUCGUGUAAUAUCUCCCGAAAUCAACGUUAGUUUAGGGUGUUUACGUCAUUCAAAGGUUAAAAUAGCGGUUUUUAUCGUGUUGUUGUUGUUGUUGUUGUUGUUUUUUUAUUAUUAUUAUUAACACCCCUAUUCUGUGAACCUGUAUGAAGCAGUCAACCUGUAUUUAAUGGUCACCCCGCCAUUUCCCCUGGGUGACCGUUUAAUACAGGAUCGACUCUAUAAUAUAUACAUAUGAUAAAACGUGCUUUACCAGCAUUCGAUUUACUUUUUAAUUACUGUCUCGAAAAUGUUACCGUCUAAAUUAAUGAUUUCUUUCACAUUGGUUUGUUUUUCAGCACUGUUCUACAAGAUUGUUCUCACCCCGGGGUGGCAGGCCUUUUGAUUCAUCUCUUAAAAGAGCAAGUUGACCAAGCUUUAAGUGUAAGAGUUGUCUGGUUUGAUUUUCAAAAACACCUGUACCAUUGUAGCAGGGCUAAAAUUUAACUCCAGUGCUUGAUGGCCAGUCGGGCUAGUUUCCUUGAAUUCUUAGUGGCCUAUCCCAAAAUGAAGCUGCCCUCGAUUUCCUCUAGUUUAAAAUGAAAUACUUAAAUAAACGCCCCAUGGCUUUUGAUGGAGCGUUGAUUAAAAGGAAAGUACACAAAAGUCCAGAGUCACGUGGCAAUCACAAAAUCAAAAUGGCGUCUAUAUGUUGUGAAUGCGGAUCGCUCGUGAAAUCACUGUAAAAACAGCUCGGAAUUUCCACUUCAGAACUAAAAAUUAACUAAAAUGGAUGAUCUUAGAGUCCAGGCAAAGAAACGAAGAGAAAUAUAGUCCAAUUAAAUUACAUAUUGAGUUCUAUUUUUAACUUUGUACUACGCAUAGCUUACAUUGCCACUUUUCGAAAUCCUGUAGCAUAGUGGCACAUCGGGCGUUCAUACCUUAACUUUUGGUGGCCCUGGUCAGUUUAAACUCGCCACUGGCGACCGUGCGACCGCCAAUAUUUAGCCCUGUUCUGGUUCCUUCUAAGGAAAGUCUUUUGCUCCCUUAUGUGCGAGAGAUCAAACAAUCGUAGGACCAAACAAAGAAACCCGAUGUAUUAUUUGGCGACCUAAAACCAUAGAGUUUUUGCCAGGAAUAGAAUUUGCGUCGCUAGAAAAAAAAUGCAUCACGGUUCCCAGCGUGACUGCGCACUUUUACUUGAUUUCUUUAGAAAUUAAAUCGCGAAGUUUGGUUAUAGCAUUAGUUUUGUUUUCUGUUUUUAGACAUCAGAAGAUGAACCUUGGUUUCAAGGCAGCCGUCUUAUGUCAAUUCUCCAGUUAGUUUUCAAACCUCCCUUGGGAGCUGGUACCGAUAAGGACCUGGUACAAGAAACAGAUAGGUAGUUAUUACAAAUGAAUCUAGCUUCUAUGUACUUUUAAAAAAGUGAUAAUUUAAGAGACUUCAUCGACGCAAAUUCUCUUGAGGCCCUUUAAAUUAGCUUCACACGGUUUCAGUUGUGGAUCACAUGGAUUUUAUACGAGUAAAGCACAGACAAUUUAAUCAAAGCAGUUGUCAGGACAGUAGAGGUCAGACUUAAUCAGAUGGCGUUUCCCACAAAAUCUUGCUUCCUGAAAUUAGUUAACUUCGUCCGCGAAAUUCACCGGGAGGGUUUUGAAGAUUUGAUGACUUCAAUGCGGAACGUUCUAGUUUGUGUGCUGAACCCACCUGCGGAAUUUUGCUCCAUCCAUUUCUGUGUUAUUUAACUUAUCUAUGGAACAUGAUUUUUGUUUUUCGCACGUUCAGUUGUGUUUUGAUGGGCAUCUUACUCCUCUCUUUGUAGAGUCAUGGCAGCCCUGAACUGCUUAAGAUUUGUUCUUCUUAGAGAUGGGGGCGACAAGGUGAUGUAACUAACAUGGAGCAUCAGUUAAGAAACUCACGGUAGAACCUCUGGUAACUGGCACUUCCCGAUCGCUGACAUAAAUUUGUGGUCCUAGCCAUGCAAAAAAAUAGGUGUCAAGGUUCCCUCACUGUAAGGAGGGGAAGGGGGGCACUGUUCUCUGCCAGUUCAGGAUAAUGAUUGUAACCUAGCUUCGGUUUUUAUACGAGACAAGUAAGGAGGCGUACAUUGUGCGCGUACAUUGUGCAGUUACACGCAACCAACCAUGUUAUUGGAUGAUCAAAUAGAUAGAAAGACCCCAUCAGAAAAUUAUCAAAAGUCACCAGCAGGUCACGUGCCGGAAUGUGUCCGAUCUUUGCCAAUUAAAAAAAGGAUAAGUGCUGAGUGCUGGGUUCGUAAAUCACCUGGAUCAAAAUUAUACCAUCGUUGUUUCGCUAAAGUUUCAGACUGACAUCUAAACGGCUUAGCAGAGUGCGUCACCUUUGUCACCUAAAGUCUAAAAAUCUCGUUAUGCAAUUCGAAUUUCAGCCGGCAUUGUCAUCUUCACAUUUCAUUUACUUACAAAAUAUGAAAUUCCUGUUUGUGAUGUUUGUCGGGCCCGUGCCUUCAAAUCUCUGACCAGUUUACUUUUUCAUGAAACGUAGACUACAGUAUGGAGAAACUUCACAACAAUCGAAAAGGAUUUCACGGAGCCCUUAAGACAGGCAUCGAAAGUGACCAGAUUACAAUACCAGGCAGAACUUACAAACAAACGGGAUGAAAUGGCAGGAAAUAAAAGUAAGGUUACUUUUAUGGUGCUUUUUUUAUAGAUAUUUUGUCCAAUACCUUGUAUUGAUAGUCUCGUGGACCAAAUGGCAUUUGAUUGCUCAAAUAACGGUUAUAAACAACUUUUUUUUUCAAUUCUGAAGGUAAAAAUAUGGAACAGAGCACUGAGUUCAGCGUUAAAAGUCCUGAUGGAAAAGUACUGGAACUAAUGUCGCUCGCAGACCAGUGUGAGGUAAGUCUAUCAUGGAAGUUCUCCUUCCAACUAGCACUCAUUUCUUUUUUGAAAAACUGUGAGAAUUAAAAGUUGUCUCCAUAUUUAUUUAUUCCUAUAGCUUGGCUUACGUUUGCGCUUGUAGCGGAAGGUGGUCGUUAUUUCUUGCGCUUUGUUCUUGCUCACCCUUUCCAAUGGCGGUAGUUUAAAGUUAUGCAACGAGACCAUGACAGUAUCUUUCAGAGAAUUUAUUAAAGUGAUGAUACUUGUCUGUUUUUGUCGGAAGGCUCUUCAAUCUGGCUUGUACUCUCUGGAUAUGAUGGACAGUGUACUUGCUCGAAUAACAGAGAUUGCUACUAGCAGAAGCAAAGGGGGAAAGUGAGUUGAUUUUGAGCACUCGGCUGUUGGCCUGCACUCUUUGGUUCUAACCUGGAAUUUAGUUUUGAUGGAAGGUUCAGACAACAAAGUUAGUAAGUUGGGUACUUUGGUAACCAGAGUAAGACGAGCAACAGUUGCACUUGGGGCCACCUACACUGUCCACAAUGAAGUUAUUAAAUUGUUAUCUUGCAUGAUUACAACAUACUUGUCACGCUUUAGAGUCUCUGGCCUGAAUAUGGAUUUUAAAAGGAUGUUAAAGCACUCUGAAACCAAAGAAAUAUGAAACGUUCAGAAACACUUGAAUGACAGUAAACAACCAGAGUUGUAGAGUGCUCUGAAGCACUCGCGUGACAGUGAGCAACCAAAGAAUUGUGAGGCGCUCUGAAACACUUGCGUGACGGCAAACAACCAAAGAGUUGUGGAAUAAUUUGAAGCACACGCGUGACAGUAAAAAACCAAAGAGUUAGGAAGCGAACUGAAACACUUGCGUGACAGCAUAAGUCAAAGGGUUGUGAAGCGCUCAUCGAACACUUGCGUGAAAGCAAACAAUCAUAGAGGUGUGAAGCGCUCUUACACUUGACAACCUCUUACCACUUUGAGCGUGGUCCAUAUUUUUGUGGUGAACAAGAAGGGGAUAUGAACACGAAUGACGAAUUAUUAAAAAUUUGAAUUAAAGUAAAGGCCCUUUGAAUGUUCAUGUAAAAGCGAAACGUUAAUAAAAAUAACACGAUCCCG